UAGCGCAUCGGGGAGAGGUAGCGGGCCACGUCCAGAAACCGCAUACUUAUCCUACUAACUAGUAUAGCAACAUUGUACACUACCGAAAGAUGGUGUGCUGUUGUAUCAUACUGUUUAGUAGGAAAGUAUGGUCUUCCUGACUUGCAGCAUUCCCGUGCACAUACACAUCACUAGAAUCAACAGGGAGUUUUUCAGUGCAAAACUUUUCUGCACUUUUAGAUUUGGAGGACGCGAUGAGGCGGUCUUAAUAAUAGGGAACCGCUAGCUGAUUUCAAAUCAGAGAGCCUUCAUUGCCGAGGAGACAUCACAUUAGCGACUGAUCUAGACACCUCGGGUAAAUCAGACAAUGCUGUGGCGAGCUUUAUCGAGAUUUGUGCUGUACUGUACGCUGUCUUGCCUGGUUACAGUAGCAGUCUGCUCCAGCGCAGUACCCAGUGCCUCCAAAAGUUUGGUGUGGGGCCUCGGACUUGAAGCAAACGCCGUGCUCCCUGCCCGCUUCUUCUUCAUCCAAUCCGCGGACAAGACCGGGAAAAAUUUUACAACCUCACCUGGAGCCAAUACAUUUGAAGUGAAGAUCACAUCCCUAUCAGAACCUUUCUCCAGGAUCUGGGUGCAGGUUUUAGACCGGCAGGAUGGAUCUUUUCUGGUCCGUUACCGCAUGUAUGCCAGCUACACGGACCUCAGUAUUCAGAUCCUACUGAAGAAUAAACAUGUGGCCAAGUCUCCAUACAUUCUCAAAGGUCCAGUGUACCAUGAAUCAUGUAACUGUCCAGAGCCCAGUGGUGCAUUGUGGGAGAAGCACAUGCAUUGUCCCUCUUCAUUUUCUCAGAUCCAGUAUGACCUGUCAUUCUUUCCUAAAGUGGACCUAGAACGCAAUGCCCAUGAAAUCCCUCAGCGCUUUGGUCAGAGACAGAGCCUGUGUCACUACACCAUCAAAAAUAACCAGGUGUAUAUCAAAACACACGGCGAGCAUGUUGGCUUCAGGAUCUUCAUGGACGCCUUUCUCCUCUCUCUCACACGGAAAGUUAGGCUUCCAGAUGUUGAGUUCUUUGUGAACUUGGGUGACUGGCCCCUGGAGAAAAGACGGACCUCUGAGAAACUCCAUCCCAUCUUUUCUUGGUGUGGGUCCAAUGACACACGAGAUAUUGUUAUGCCAACCUAUGACCUCACAGAGUCUAUACUGGAGACCAUGGGCAGAGUAAGUUUGGACAUGAUGUCAGUGCAGGCAAACACGGGUCCUGAGUGGAAUGAGAAGAAUAGUACAGCUUUCUGGAGAGGUCGUGACAGCAGGAGAGAGCGUCUGGAGCUGGUGAAAAUGGCACGAGCAAACCCUACACUGCUAGAUGCCGCUUUCACCAACUUCUUCUUCUUCAAGCAUGAUGAGAGCCUUUAUGGGCCACUCGUCAAACAUGUUUCCUUCUUUGACUUCUUUAAGUAUAAGUAUCAGAUAAAUGUUGAUGGAACGGUGGCUGCAUAUCGAAUGCCCUACCUUCUGGCUGGAGACAGUGUGGUGUUGAAGCAGGACUCCAUAUACUACGAACACUUCUACAGCCAGCUCCAGCCUUGGGUUCACUUCAUCCCCUUCAAAGCAGACCUCAGUGAUCUGCUGGAGAAGAUACAGUGGGCUAAAGACCACGAUGAAGAAGCUAGGAAAAUUGCACAGGCUGCUCAGCAGUUUGCACGUAUACAUCUGAUGGGUGACAGUAUAUUCUGUUACUACUUCAAACUCUUCCAAGAGUAUGCAAAGCUGCAGGUAACUCAGCCUAAAAUACGUGAUGGCAUGGAAUUGGUAGAACAGCCGAAAGAUGAUCUUUUUCCAUGCUACUGCCACAGGACCAAGGGCAAAGAUGAGCUUUGAGUGUCCACUUUCUGGGAUCAUGAAUCAACUGCCUUAUGAUUCUGAUUCGUCACAUUCUGAUCAAGUGCAGAUCUUAUUGAAAUGAGCACCUCUAAACAUUUUCAGUGCUUUGUCUAUGUAUUUUCCACUGUCAUUAUUUAUAAUGUAUUAUUUCCUUUUUUAAAAUCUUGAAAUUAAAUGUACUCGUUUGAAAAACUA